AUGAAUACACGCGCCCAUCCCUCCGCGUCUCCAGAUCCCCAAGCCGAGCACCUAGACAACGACAUCGCUUCCAUCCGUGCCGAAAUCCACAAUCUCCAACGCCAGAAACGAUUCCUCUCAUCUAGUCUCCUCGCCUCAUCUAGCAUCCAAAAGCUACUCCGCAAACCCCUCACAACCAUCCCCGACGAGAUCUCACCCCUCGCACAAGCCGCAGGGAAACACUCCGAAACAAACCACUACCGCAUCGCGUUCGGAGCUACAGCCUUCCCAUUUAAGGACCCGUCGCCCAGCGCCUCCGCGGAGAAUCUACUAGGUCUGCGCAUCGAUGUCUGCACACGGAGUGGGCGAUUCGCGAAGCCCUACUACGUUCUUCUACGGCGAGAGCGCCUCAAGGGCGGGAAGGAGAAAAGUCUACGCGUUUACAGACAUACAGUGCCCGCCUUUAUCUCGAUCGCGAAGCUAGAGAGGGCUUAUCUUCCUUUCAAGGGAACCAGCACAAAAACAGCCGACAGCGAAGACGGGAAUGAAUCCGAGGAUCAAAUAUCGUCGAAGCGAGCACGGAAAGGGAACGGAGUACGGACCCAGGAUGUGCGUGGUUUUGCGCGGGAGUUGCGACGCGAGCUUGUGGCGUGGCAUUUGCGGUGCGAUGCGGUGGAUCUAUUGCGCGAACGACUGGGAUUUAAGGAAUCCGAGUCGGAAGCUAGUACUGUGGGUCGGAUCUCGCCUGAGAGUAAGGCGGGGAUUGUGUCUCUUGACUCUACUGCUAUCGAGACGCGGUAUGUUCGGCUGGAAUGGGAGGAUGGUCGUGUUGGGCUAUUUAAGGUGUCUAAUACCGGGGUGGUUGAGCGGGCUGUUGUUAUUGGGGAUGAGGGGCGUGAUAAGCGUACGGAAAAUGCAAUGAUCCGGGGUGGGGGUAGGAUUGAGAGCUUGUUGGAGAGGUUGCAGGAGCUUGCUGCAUCCGCUUUGUAA